AUGAGGUUCGAUCUGCCGCAAUCAGGUUCGAUCUGUCCCGAUUUACUUCGAUCUUCACCAAUCUUCCUCUAUCGGCUCCGUAGGUGGCGGUGUGGUGGGAAAGAGUUGUAUAUGGAAAGUCAAGAAAAGAACAGUGUUGGAUUCUUUCAGAUGCCUCUGCACUAUCCAAGAUACACUCAGAAAGAUUACGAAGACAUGCCUGAGUGGAAGCUUGAUAGCCUCCUCAAGGAAUAUGGCUUGCCAACAAAUGGUGAUUUGGCUUACAAAAGAGACUUUGCCAUGGGUGCUUUUCUUUGGCCUAAUUCACUCUUGUUGCAUAACAAUGUACUAACUAAAACUUAUCACAAGUGA